AUGAGUUCCAUUGAAGCAUCCGAUUUAAGGAAAAUCUACGAAGAAAUGCAGCAAGAAAGAAACUUCGUUCUGCUGAAUCUACAUAAUUCAGAGGUAGCACUGCAAAAUCAAUUGCUUACACUAAAUUUUUUAAAACAACAAUACGAAAUUACUUCAAGUAAGUUACUGAAAAAAGCUGAAUCUGUUUUACUUUCCGAAGAAAGGUCUAGAAGUAAUUUAACAAUAGUAACAAUUCCCAAAGAAGAUUUUAAUGUGGCCAGUACUGCUUGUUUUACUCCUAAUAGUAUAGAUAGUGGCAAUGGUGUUUUGGUUAUUGAUUUGGACGAGUCAAUUAAAGAAGAAGUUAUAGUAUUAGAAUCAGAUAAAAGCCAAUCAAAAUAUCAGGAACCAAGGAGUGAGUUUGUCGAAAACAAAAAUGACUUCUUAUCGUACUAUCAAUUGGUCCCAAAAGAUGCAACUCCAGUAGCAGUACCUGAAGAACAACCAUCCAAAAAACGUAGGUUACAAACCAUGGAAGUAAUAAAAAUAGGAUCCAACGGAACCCAAAUGGAUGGACAGGAAUACAAAACUAUUAAGUGGGGCAACUACACCAAAGCCACAAGGCAAUUACUGGAAGCGUUUUUCACCAGAGACGUGCUUGCUAAUUCUUCAUUAUCAGGACGCCCUAGUCCUGCAUUUUUAAAUUCAGGAAAGGCCACCAAGAAACCUUUGGACAAGAAUAUUAUAGAAGAUAUCGUUGCUUGUGUGACUAAGAAUUGCAAUGUACUACCCAGAAUGGUUAGGCACUGUAUUACCACUAAGUGUGCUGACGAAGGAAAGCUUUUUAGGCGAAGUCUUAAUUAA